AUGAUAGCAGCCGAUCAGAGCACUAGCCACAGUAUUAUGGUCAUGAAAGACGAUGAGCAGAAGAUCUACAAAAUAUCUGAUAAAUUGAUAAUGGGUAUCAUUGGUGACUUAGGAGACACUACUCAGUUUGCUGAAUACAUAGCUAAGAACAUCCAGUUAUACAAAAUGCGUAAUGGAUACGAACUGGGGCCUACUGCUGCUGCUAAUUUCACGCGCCGAAACCUUGCUGAACUUCCUUACUUUGUAAAUCUUCUAAUGGGUGGUUAUGAUAAAGAGAAUGGGCCUGAGCUGUACUUCAUGGACUACCUAGCAUCUAGUGUGAAGGUGCCUUUUGCAGCACAUGGUUUUGGUGGAUAUCUCAGCUUGAGUAUCAUGGAUCGCUAUCAUAAGAAAGAUGCAACUGAGGAAGAAGCAUAUGAGAUCCUGAAGCACUGUGUUAGAGAAGUUCACAAGAGGUUGUUUGUGAGUUUACCAAACUUCCAAGUAACUGUGGUUAACAGAGAUGGCAUCAAAGUAUUGCCUGUCAUUAACUCUUCAUCACUGAACUAA